AUGUCGGAGCAAGAUGCCCCAGCCGCUUUGUCCCCCGCAGCAAAGCGGCAAGCAUCGCGUAAACGCCUCGGAGGCGCUUGUAAGGCUUGCCAUGAUCGGAAAGUGAGGUGCAGCCUGGCUAAGUCCGGCCCGCCCUGCACAAACUGCUCAUUGGAUGAUAUAGAAUGUGAGCCGAGAGUUCGCAAGUCACAAAGGGGAGUUGGACCUUCUGCCGCAGUGUCUGCCCAACAAGCACACAAUAAGACAUCCUCCUCGGCUUCCCCUUCGAGACAAGCGGUUCCAGGGUCGUGUAAUCUCUUUGGCAACCAUGACGAAGAAGACGUUUCCAUAACCCUUGUUCCACCACUAGAAGUAGACUUAGACACACGACCGGCGACCAGUGACUCCCGUCGUACUGUGCCCGGGAACAACAGUAUCAGGAAACCAGACGACUUGUUGAGAGACUCAGACGGGACCUAUGCCAUUGCCUCCGAGGCCUUAACAACCUGCAAUGAAAGGUCAGAUGCUUCGUGCUCCAGCAAUUAUCGCCCAUUCCGGUCGCAUUUCAGCCACUUUGAGGAAGACGACGCGCCGAACACAGACUCUCUCCCAGCCGAUACACCCAUGUAUGGUGAUCCGACAGGCAUUUGCGCCGUGGCAAACAUUUGUGAGCCGGAAGGAGUAGAUAGGAGCGGCCACUUUCUUCUCCCAAAUGGUAUUUUUGCCUCUCUCGACCCGGAAGAUCAAGAAUACUUGCGGCGUAAAGGUGCAUUCGUGUUCCCUGAAGCUCGGGUACGCGAGAGCUUGGUUCGGGCAUAUUUCCAUUACGUCCACCCGUUCUUCCCCAUCGUCGACAUCCAAGACUUUCUUCCCAAACAUGAAAGCGGCACACUUGAGAAAAUUAGUACUCAUCUGUUAUGGUCCAUGUACCUCGCAGCAUGUAAUUUCUUGGAGGAGGAUGUAGUUCAGGCGGCCGGGUUUACAAGUAGGAAAGAAAUGAAGCGCUCAUUCUAUCGAAAGGCAAAGGUACAGUUCAGCUCACCAUCAUACCUAUACCGAACCAUAACUCAUGCCAUACCGUAG